GUCCCUGUUCCCUGACUAUUACUGUACUGAUUUGCGUAAGCAUCCUCUUGUGCAGGUGGAACAGCUUUCAGGAAAAGUAUUCUUUACAGCUGAUGCAGAUUUGAAAAAGCUGAGGAGCCUGAAAUGUGCAGAGCGGUUAUUUUUACUUGUGAAAAAACUCCCCCCAAUCCAGAUUGCAAGACAUAAAGGGAAAGUUAUUCACAUUCUUCAGAAAUAUGUGAUUGGAGAAUCAAGUGACUGGUUGAAUAUUGUUGCCAAAUGGAAAUCUCUUCAGGAUCUUAACAAAGAAGAAGAAUGCACUUCAGACAUGACUGGAACUGGGCUAAAACGACCAGCGCAGCAAGAGAGUAGUGAAACUAGAAAAAGAUCAAAGUUAGAGCUGGGUGAACCUCCAAUGACAGACUUUUAUGAAAGUCCAACAGGGCAGCAUGAUGCCCAUUCAGUAAUACAAGGAAGCCAGCAGAUUAAAUCGCCAAUACAAACACCAUCUUCUGAUGAGCUACUUAAUUCUGAGGGUCAAGGUGCUGCAUCCAGUAUGAAUUUUAGAGUAUCUUGUCGCUGCAGUGGGAAAGUUGCUAAAAUGUUUACCUCACAGGAGCUAGGGAGAGUGAUUGGUGUUGCCCUCAGCAGACAAUUGGGCUGGAAAGCAGAAUUGAGAAACCCAGUGCUGGAGGUCUAUGUUCAUUUAAGUGACAUUCAUUGUGUGGUCGGGAUUCCUAUUGUAAGGCUUCCUUUAGCCAGCAGGGAUUAUAUUAAAAGUGCAGGACUGAGAUCUACAGUGGCUUGGGCUAUGGCAUAUCUUGCUGACAUCAAGGCUGGUUCACUAGUACUUGAUCCGAUGUGUGGAUUAGGAACCAUUUUGCUGGAAGCUGCCAAAGAAUGGCCUAAUGCAUAUUACCAUGGAGUAGACAAUACUGCCUCACAAUUGCAGAUGGCAUCUGCUAAUGUGUGCUUUGCAAAACUGAUCAGCAACAUUGACCUAAUGAGAGCUUCUGUCACAGAAUUGCCUCUACUUACAGAAAGCAUGAAUGUAGUCAUCUGUGACAUUCCAUUUGGAAAAAAAUUUAAGAUUUCACAGGAUAUGAAGACAAUAAUGCCAUACAUCCUCAAAGAGAUGGUGAGGGUGCUUAGCAUUGGUGGGACACUUGUACUACUACUUAGCCAAGAACUCUCACUACAGAUGCAGCAAUGGCAGAAACUACAGAGCCCCCCGAAUAACAAAGGGAAUCUUACUGCCCAGCAAAACACAGACACAUCACCAAAGGAAUCGGGUACUGAUCCAGAAGAAAAUAUCGGCGUGCAGCAUGUGUCAGUUGACAAAGGGCAGUCUGAUGUGGAAACACAGAUUUUUGCCUCUCUGGUACCUAAAGGUAUCUUCCAAGUGAGUCUUGGUGUGACAGAAGCUUCUAUACACAAAUACAAGAAAAUUCAGAUAUCAUGAGUGAAUGCAUUACUAGUGACUGAGAUUGUGUUCAAUCUGACAUGGACUGUGCAAGAUUCAAACUGAGAGCACAUUUUUAACAAAAGAAAGUCAUUAAGUUAUUGUUACAGUCAUAGAGAUUUUAUCCUAAUUUUCACUCUGGAUAAAUGAGUUACAUUCAUUUGGGCUGUUGGGCAAGCUCUCUGAAAUCAAACCCGGAUCAAUUGACCCCUCAGAGUUUGUUUAAAUACACCCAUGCCCCACUGUAGCAUUAAUGAUCAAAGCUGCAGGAAAGGAUGCAGCCAAGCAUUAGUGCAAACAGUUCCUAGUCAUUUGGCUAAAUGGAUUAGAAAAGGGUGGGUAGAUGAUCACUGAUAAGGAAGAGAGGGUGAGUAGGGUGGGCCCUAUGUUUCAUUAAGAACUACCUGCUGUUCCUCCUCACUGUUAUUGAAACUUCAGAAGAGAAAUCACUUAGCUUCUCAUCUAUCUUUUAUGGAUAUUUCUUUAAUCAGGCAUCGGCUUCGUGAAAUCAACUUAAACUGCUGUUGGGAUUUGAUGAAUUUGCCAUUUGAUGAAUAUUUUGGAUCUCAUUGAGGCCCAAAUUUGCUGAAGUAAAGAGUUUCACACAAAUGUCCAAAGCACACAAUUUAAAAUGGUGGAAGGCAUAAGAAAAGUCAGAAAACGUGAGCAUCACAAUACCACCGACGUAAGCCCACAGGUUGCAGCAGAUAAAGAUCUAAGCUUCUGUUUAUCAGCUAUGAUAGGGAACCACCAAUUUAUGACUUUGGGCUAAAUACAUACUUAACAGUAGACAAUUCAGCCCCUUGAGCCUGCUCUGCCGUUUAAUAUAAUCAUGGCUGAUCUCAUCUCGGCCUCAACUCCA